AGGAACACAACGUCGCAUACUUAAACAAACAGUCAUUCAUGUGAUCAUCUUGGCACGUUGGUUUCUCAAUCCUUUUAUUUUGUUUUCCUUUUGCUCUGCUUAAAGUCAUUUGUUCUAGACUUGUAGACUGUAGUUCUACAUCUUAUAUGUAUUUGUAUUCACAAAAGUAAAAAGGUGGCCUACAAGAAUUGCUUCUAAUUUCUUUUUAAAAAAGGUGGCCUAAAUUAAGCAUCUAUUGGUGCUAAUACGCAUCAAACAAUCACAUAUUAAACCAAUGAAGAUAGUCAACCGCUUUGCUUCAGAGUUGUAAUCCAGCCCGGGUCGUAACCCGGGUAUAUCCGGGCCGGACUCCGGCCCGGAUUUGGAAUCCGGGUUCCGGGCCGGGUAUACCCGGAUACCCGGUCCGGUACCCGGUUGGCCAGCCUUACGGUCACCGCAAUUCCAUGACACUGGGCGUCACGCGGGAGUAAAACGCUUCAGUAAAACGCUUCCUACCGCUCUACAACUAUGAAAUUAGGAAUCGAAUCCCCUUCUUCCUUUAGGGUUUGCUACGCACCAAAAUUCUUGUAGAAAACCCCCUCUCGUCUCUUGAAUUUCUCCUUGCCGAUUUCAAGCGCGGCCCGCGGCCCGAUUCAGCUCGUCAUUUUCUGAACUGCUUAGUUUGCUGCGUCGUAAAAAUAUGGAUGUUGACGUAGAUCAUUACUGUAUUCUUGGGCUACCCUCAGGUGAGGAAGGCGCCAAGCUUAGCGUGGAUGAAAUUAAAAGGGGAUACAGAUCAAAGGCUUUGGAAUUGCACCCGGAUAAGAGGCCCGGUGAUAAACAAGCCCUAAACGAUUUUCAAAGGCUCCAGUCAUCCUAUGAGAUUCUCAAGGAUGAAAAGGCCAGGAAGUUGUUCGAUGAUCUUCUACGGGUUAAGCGCGAGCAGCGACGUCGCCAGUCGGAGCGGGAUUCCAAACGGGAUUCCAAGCGGCAGAAGAUGGUUUCUGACCUUGAGGAAAGGGAACGGGCCGCUUUUGCUCCCGACCCUUCUGCAAAAGAGCGAGAAGAAGAGGAGAGAAUUGCUAAGAAGUUGAGGGAAGAGAUUGCUAGAAUACGGGCAAUGCAUGCAAAUAAAGGGGUAAAUAUGACAUCGGCUACAAGUAGAGAAUCAGCAGGAGUGAGGAAGGACGGUACAGGUACUGCUGGGGCCAAAAUGGAUAAGGAGAAGAUGCUUAAAGUUUCAUGGGAGAAGAUUGGUGAAGAUUACACAGCGGAGGGGUUGAAAGAGUUGUUUUCGAAGUUUGGUGAGGUGGAAGAUGUUGUCAUUAAGAGUUCCAAGAAAAAAGGAUCAGCCCUUGUUGUGAUGGCCAAUAAAGAUGCGGCGGUUGCUGCUACAGGAAGUGUGUGUGGUCAUCUUUCUAAUCCAUUGCUAAUUUUACCUCUGCAACCACCAAUGGUGGCAGAGGCUCCAAGUGCUCCAAGAUCUGCAGAACCUGAUAGACUAACAAAACUGGUUGGGGCUGGUUAUACUGCAUUCGAAGAUUCUGUCUUAACAAAACUCCAAAAGGCCGCAAAAAACCAAAAAUGACGUGCAAGGCAUUGAAGGAAGAAGAUCCUGUGGCAGAUGAGGGAAUGCAUCUCAUGGAGUUGAUAUCAUUGCGUCACUACCUGUGAUUGAAAGUCCAAGGCACAGUAUCCAGAAGAUGCCAUAGACUCAUGCCAUCAAUCAGCUAUCGACCUUCGAACCUUCGAGUCAGCACACAUUUCAACGUCCAGAAACCAUCCCCUCUAUUAUCCUAAAAGAAACUAUCACCCCUGGAAACAGCAGAAGGCGCCAACUUAUCUCAUCGAUCACAUGUUACCAGUUCCCAACUUACUGUAUACAAUUCAAACUCAUUUUUCAUCAAUGGCUCUCGUCAUUCUAAUCCAUUGGGGGUUGAAAUUUGGUGUUGGAAAAGGUUAUUUACUGUGAUUAAGCAGAGUUGCUCUUUAUGGGAUUUGGGUUGUGGACAAUAUGGCUUCUUCUGUGUAUUCUCCUCCCCUUACUCAUUUUUAACUUUGUAAUGUUAUGGAUAAUCAUAUUUUGUCUAAUUUUAAGAUUGAAACUGAA